AUGGCGGAGAGCAAUGGCCGAUCGCGCGCGAGCCAGCGCAGCUCCGACCCUUUUGGCGUGCCUCGUCGAACACCCAGCGCGAACGCCUCGAGGUAUACAUGGGACACCAACGCAACAUCAUACCUGCCAGCUCUGCAGGUCAAGGGCGCAAGCGAGGAGGACAACCUACAUCCGCUCGAGGAGGAAGAGUACGACCCGCGCAGCUUUGAUAUUGUGGCGCCUCUAGAACAGGGCCAAGGCCCAAAGGCAUACUCGCUGGAGGACCGAUCCGACCUGCUCUUCUCCAAGGAGCACAUGAGGAGCAUACUGGAGGACCCGCGACUGCUCGGCGACUUUUCGCGAUUCCUGUCCCGCUCCCGCCCUGGGUCGGUAGCGCUCCUCAGAUACUACCUGAGCACCGAAAAGGCGGUGCGCGCCAUUCGAUACGCCAACUCUGUCAUUGCAAACCUGGGCACGUUGGAUGGCCACGAUUUCGCGGAAGGGGAUGCUAGCAACAUGGACACGGUCAACCGAACCCUCCAAGAGAAGCACGAUGCUGCGUUUGAGACGCUGGCCAUCGAAGAGCUGCCCAGAUUCAUCACCGAUGUCUGGGUUGACAUUGUGAGCCUCUCCAUGCGGAGAAAGAUUAUGGGCUCGAUGCCGACGGAUCUUCGCGACGCAUCCGAGGGCCUGGCUGAGGUCUUCUGCCUCAGCGACCCGUCGAGACACGACAACCCGAUCAUCCUAGCCUCCGACGAGUUCCACCGCACGACACAGUAUGGUAUGGAAUAUGCCAUUGGGCGCAACUGUCGCUUCCUGCAGGGACCUCGGACGAACCCUUUCAGCGUGCAGAGGAUUAGGGAACGGCUGAAGGCCGGACAGGAGCACAUUGAAACUUUCCUCAACUACCGCCGGGAUGGCUCACCUUUUAUGAAUCUGCUGCUCUGCGCGCCACUACUCGAUUCCAAGGGCAAAGUGCGCUACUAUUUGGGUGCACAGGUUGAUGUCUCCGGCCUGGUCAAGGAUUGCACCAAGAUGGAUGGCCUGAGGCGUAUCGUGGAGGAUGAGCAACAGGGCAUCGAUAGGAAGGACCAGGCACCUAAAUCUUCCCUGGAAUGCUGCCAGGCACUGGGCGAAAUGCUGGACACGAGCGAGUUGGAGGUGGUGCGUCGUCACGGCGGAGCGAUACACCAGAUGCGCGACCACGACGGGAAUGGACAGGAUGCGAACUGGAACACACCCUACCUCGUCAUCGAGGACGACCUCACGCCUCAGCCGUCACCGCAGGCGACACCUGCCGUGCUCGACAUGUCGUCACAGCCCGGGAGCACACCGAAACCGGCCUCUAGUCCUUCCAACGGACGCUUGGCAGGCGUAUACGAGCACUACCUACUUGUCCGCCCGUCGUCCAACCUGCAGAUCCUCUUCGCCUCCCCCAGUCUACGCGUCCCGGGCAUGCUUCAGAGCCCUUUGCUGUCACGCGUGGGCGGCUCUGGACGUGUGCGCGACCAGAUCGGCCAGGCACUUAAUGAGGGACAGGGUGUGACGGCGAGGGUGCGCUGGAUCACGUCGACACGUCGAAAGUCGUCGCCCGAGGCGGAGCAGCGUGGGCGCUUCCGGUGGCUGCACUGCACGCCGCUGCGCGGUGUGAACGGGACCAUUGGCAUCUGGAUGGUGGUGGUGCUGGACGACGAGAGCACCAGCAAGGCGCCUUCGUUGUAUGCGGAGAGUGUAUACCAGGGGCAGCAGCAGCAGCAGCAACAGCAGCAGCAACAACAACACUGGGUUUGA